AUGGGUGUCAGACUCGACUGCUCAAGAGAAGAAAUUGAGCCGGUAAGGAUGCUUGAUCCGUUUUUCCUGCAAGGCAGUUGUCCUGCGACAAGGCCGUAUGUUUACACCAGCGACACUGAAGUAAAACGUCUCGACCUGACGGACUGGGCACCACCAAAGGGUCUACGAAGUAGAGGUCGCAUGGCGCUUGUGGGAGAUGCCUUGCAUCCCAUGGCCAUGUAUCGUGGUGAGGGGGCGAACCAUGCCAUUUUGGACGUACUCGAGUUUGCGCAACAGGUUUUUCCGUACCUGGAAGAUACGACUGCGGAGUUGCGGAAUGCCAUUGACAGAUACGAGGGCUUGGUGAUUGCGGUGUUUGCUUCUCGGCAAGCGUGUAUCGAUGCGCAGUGGUGGGAACGAAUCAGUGGCAACAGUCCUCUGUUGAGCAGACGAACUCCCAAUGUGGACUUCGAGGAGGAAGAUGUUCGUACAAGGUCCCACUGA